UACUGCCGCACUGGGCAUUGCAUUGCAGAGCAGCUGUAACACAUGCAAAAAUCUGCAGUACCAUCCAGGCUUCCCCGUAGGAUGUUCUGAGUGGUUGAUGGCUGGUUUUCUGAACACUCAUCUUUAAAACCAUUUACAUGUCCAGUGCCUGAGACGAGGUUUUUUCAUGCAGGAGCAAAUGUCUACAAAUUUAAGAUCAAAUAUGGCAACUCUAUGAGUGUUAAUAUUGAUUUUCAUGAAAGUAUUGUCAAUGAAGAACUACAGGAUGCUAUUCGAGUAAUACUUGGAAACCUUGAUGAACUAUGCCCAUUUACUACUGAACACUUGAUAAUAUUUCCAUAUUUAAACCAAUGGGAAAAAGUGUCAGACUUGAGAUUCAUGCGUGGUGAUACGUUUCUUGUUCCUUAUCCUUACGUCUGCACUGUCUAUGUAGAAUUAAAUCUCUUGAAGCAUGGUGCAUUGUGGGGUAAAGCAGGAUGUAGGGAGUCCUGUAACUCUGACAACAGUGGAAGUGACCAAAGAGAUAAUGUGGACACAGAAAGAACCAUUAAGUGGAGGAGACUUGAAGACACAGUAGAAAUUUCACAUCCACGGAUAUCCAGGGGCAGAAAUGUGACUAAAAAUACCAGUACAACCUGUAUUCAUGACACAGCCAAGCUAGAAGUUGGCUUUGAAAAUGAGAGACUUCGGGAAGACACAGUUCAUCCAACUCUGAAUCAGCCAGAAGAAAUUAAGUGUCAAUAUUGUGGCUCUGCCACUGUUAACAAUUAUUAUGAAAAUAGGAGGUUGUGUAAGUAUGAAGUUAUUACUAUAAAGGUGUGAGCCUAUGAAGAGGAA